AUGAGUGUCUCCGCGCUAAACCUUGCCAGGCUCCCGGGCAGCUUCUCUGGGCUCUUGCAGGUGGCCUUCUUGCUGGGCUUGCUUCUGCUGCUGUUCAAGGCAGCCCAGCACUACCUGCGCCGCCAAUGGCUGCUCAAAGCUCUCCAGCAGUUCCCAAGCCCUCCAUCCCACUGGCUCUUUGGACACCUGCGAGAGUUUCCAGUGGAUAUGGAGCUGCCACAACUGCUCAAGCGAGUAGAGAAAUUCCCAAGUGCCUGUCCUCGCUGGCUGUGGGGGAGUGAGCUCCUUUUCACCAUCUAUGACCCUGACUAUAUAAAGGUGAUUCUAGGGAGAUCAGACCCAAAGGCUGCUCUUCCCUACAGUUUCCUGACUCCCUGGAUUGGGAAUGGCUUGCUCCUGCUGGAAGAGCAUGUGUGGUUCCAGCACCGGCGCAUGCUGACCCCAGCCUUCCACUAUGACAUCCUGAAGCCCUAUGUGGGGCUCAUGGCAGACUCUGUCCAAGUGAUGCUGGACAAAUGGGAGAAGCUCCCCAGCCAGGAUUCCUCUCUGGACGUUUGUGAAGAUAUCUCGAUGAUGACCCUGGACACCAUCCUGAAGAGUGCCUUUAGCCACGAGGGCAACGUCCAGCUGGACAGUGGGACUUCCAAAUCCUACAUCCAGGCUGUUAAGGAACUCAGCCAAUUGGUGUCCUUCCGAAUGAGAAAUGUGUUUCAUCACAACAAUACCCUCUACCGACUGAGCCCUGCAGGCCGCUUGAUGGACCGUACCUGCCAGCUUGCCCAUGAGCAUACAGAUCGAGUGAUCAAGCUGAGGAAGGCUCAUCUGCAGCAAGAAGGAGAGCUGGAGAAGAUCAGGAACAAGAGGCGCUUGGAUUUCCUGGACAUCCUGCUCUUUGCCAAGAUGGAGGACGGGAGCAGCCUGUCUGAUGAGGACCUGCGUGCCGAGGUGGACACAUUCAUGUUUGAGGGCCAUGACACCACAGCCAGUGGCAUCUCCUGGAUCUUCUAUGCUCUGGCCACACACCCAGAGCAUCAGCAGAGGUGCCGCGAGGAGAUCCAGAGCAUCCUGGGGGAUGGAGCCUCUAUCAGUUGGGACCACCUGGACAAGAUGCCCUACACCACUAUGUGCAUCAAGGAGGCACUGAGGAUCUAUCCACCAGUGCCAAACUUUACCAGAGAGCUCAGCAAGCCAGUCACCUUCCCUGAUGGACGCUCCUUACCCAAAGGUAUCGUGGUUGCACUCUCCAUUUAUGGCCUUCACCACAACCCGAAGGUGUGGCCAAACCCAGAGGUGUUUGACCCCUCCCGAUUUGCACCAGGUUCUGAUCGCCACAGCCAUGCUUUCCUGCCCUUCUCAGGAGGAUCAAGGAACUGCAUCGGAAAACAAUUCGCCAUGAACGAGCUGAAGGUGGCCGUGGCCUUGACCCUGCUGCGUUUUGAGCUGCUGGCAGAUCCCACCAAAGUCCCUAUCCCCAUCCCAAGACUUGUCCUGAAGUCCAAGAAUGGGAUUCAUCUACGUCUCAGGAGGCUCCACUAACCCUGAUGGGGACAAGAUUGGUUCUGAGAGUCUCUGCCAGGCAUCCUGUCUUCCUGUCAGCUUCCGUGUCUCUUGUCCUCUGCUCACAUCUUGCUUUCCAACUGACCACCUGCCCCUCUUCCAGCUGCCUGCCAAUUGGCCUUCUGUCCUCCAGUCUACCUCUCCUUCUCUUACCUUCCUCUAAGAUGUUGACCUGCUUAUCUGCCUCCUAGCUGUCAACAUUGCUGUCUGUCCACAUUAUCACUGAUUGUUGCCAGCUCUCCAGCCCGCCUGCCCUUCUACACUUUGUGCUAAUGGCUGUGCUUCUGUGAGCCUCCUGUUGCAGACAUAACAAAAUACCACAAUCUUAGUGGCCUAAAACAACAUAAUAAA